AUGCUCUGGCCACGAAACAAUGAGUCGGUGGCGACCGCUUUCGCAAAGGACAUCGAGAACCUGCACCUGCUUUACGACUACGACGCGGAAAACCCGCAGACGGGCGCGCCCGAGAAGUGGCGCUACGAAAUGUGGUUCCGCUCGGCCGACCGCAUCGUCUACGCGAUCCACGGCGGUCCCAUGGCCGGCCGCCUCAACUACCAGACCGCAGACUACCAGUGCAUCCGCCCCGGCGAGCUCUGGCAGUGCAACUGGCUCGAAGAGACCGGCACCACCUGCUCGCUCGUCUACGACAUCAAGAACAAGAAGAUCACCACCAUGCUCAACUUUAGCAAAGGCCACUGGGAGUACCCGGAGAAGGCUCACGGUGACAAGCGCAACCCCGAGGACUUCCAGAGGUGGCGCGACCUGGCCAAGAUUGGUAUCCAGACCGACAGGAAGAUCUUGAAUGACCAGGCGGAGAUUCUCGAGUCGUUCCACGGACCCGGCAAGUUGCAGGAUAUCGAUCUGAAUGCCCCUACCCUUUGA